GAAGCGUCAAGCUUCAUGAAAAUGGCAGCCCGUCUUCACAGGACUGAAAUUGAUCGACAGAAUGCUCGACAACAUACAAGCUGUGAAUGUCCUGACGACCGUUUCUACGAUCGUUGAUUGCUUGCAGAGAAACGGAAUCGAGCGUACAGUGUAGCUCGCAGAAACCGCAUCACUAAUGGCGUCUCCUUUUUCCUCUACGCUGCGCAGAUGCGGAGUAAGUAAACCUGCAUUCACUUCUGUCGCGACGCACUUUUUGCUGCAAGCUCUUGGUUGUUUAUCUUAUAUGUUUCUCUCACGUGUUAUAACGAGAGGCCUUCAGAACACACCCCCUUCAAUUUGUGUUCCUCCAGCUCCAAGCAGAACAAUCGCAAGUGGUGGCUGAUUGCAGCCAUUGGUACCCUCGCCAUGUGCACGCUGAUAGCCGCCAUUUUCUCCAUGGUGAUCUUCAGCAUUGAACUAACGGGUGAUGGAACCGACUACGACGACGAGGUGCUAAGUGGCGGCAGCGACCGCAGUGGCGGCAGUGGUCAAGGAGACGUCGUCACUGAGGUCAUCUACACAGCGAAGACACCGCCGACCACAACCGCGACCCCAACCACUGUUACAGGUCCCGCCCUACUAUAUACGUUGUGCACCGUUGGGGAUGGUCCAGAACCUUUGUACUUCCCGGACGAAGACCUGUGCGACUUCGUGUUUUUCGAGUCACUGGCUGUGUCUCCCGAAAACAACGAUUUCGCGGUCGAGCGACAGAGUUCCACGGUGCAUAGCUUCGUCAAACAGGGACAAGCUGCCCAACAAACACGAUACGGCAUGUCCGUAUCCUUACGCGAUGCUCACAACUUCAGUGAUGCCUUCCGCACACCCAAGGGUAAGGCGGAUUACGAGAGCUACUGGACAUACAGCGUCUACGACUGGGGCUUCCUCUCCAUCGACGAGCUCCAGGUCGAAGCGAGGCAGUCCGAUAUCAUCUUCGCGCUGACCGUCCUCAAGGAGAUGGAAGAAUACGCAGUGGCAAAGAUUGUCCAGUGGCCCCGCACGUUUUUGGGAAUCUACCCGAGGCAGGGGCCAGUCUGCGCCGCAGUUUCGGAUUAUAUCAAGAGGAUCUUCACUCCGACUGGUGUUGUUGUCUUGGGGCACAUGUCUUACAGCGAUAACACCAGAUCCGAUUGCGUCAUCAUGCCGCCGGUGAACUUUGUCGACCCACGCGCUCAGAAACCCGGCAUCGGCUAUGGUCACAGCAUGCGCGACGCCAUGAAGGCUGUGGCCUGCCUCUGGAAACACAACGUCCGCACCAGUAUGUUCCUGUCCGUCACCAUGCAAGCGCGUCGGUACAAGCUUAAAAGCGGCAGCCAGGGACAGCCGCAGUUCUACAGCGACUGCGAAACCGACGCCUACGAACAACGCAUCACGGCUCAAGAGAUGUGCGACAACCCGAAUUCUGGGUACAUUACGAACAUAAACCACGACGACAAGUUCCAGUCCGCGAUCGCUUACGACCAUGCUGGUGGUUUCGCCGUAACGUUUGAGGACCGACUGUCCUUACGUGAGAAGAUCUGCCACACCUGGACUCCCGAAGCUAGGGAUAUUAGAUUGAGCCUGGCCGUGUACGACGUCAACUACGACCGAAGGUCCACUAUGUGCAGCUCCAGGUGGAUAAGCGGUCGCUGGACUCGGUUGCGCUUCCUGCUGAUGAUACGCGAUUUCUUCGAAUGGCACCGCCCCGUGACCAACAUAUACGAUGCAUGCAGCCGCAUCGCGUGAUUUGCGGUAUGGGCGGCGAGAUGGAAAUAAAGGAUCG